AAGUAAACCUGUCACUUACUGAUAGCAUAGCUGGCUAACAAAAGUACCUACCAGCUGGCGAAUAAUACAGCCAAAUCCCUCACGGGUGGAAGGGUUGUCAUCAUGGCUAUGAUGUGGAAUAAUUUGUGACAACUAUCGCCAAGAUGAUGAACGAUAUCAUAGAGGAGCCGGAGAAAGACACGCUGCUGGAAACGCAAACGGAGUCACAAGUUUUUUCGGGACCCAGUAGUGGCACAAGACCUAAGACGGGAGAUGGGGGCAUCAGGCCGGUGGAGAAAAGAGGACCUUACAUCAUGUCCAGAGCUCCGGCCAUCCACCUCAAACUACAGAAGCACAGGGAGAUGGCGAGGAAAGCACUGAAGAAGAAGGCGCUCUCACCAGGACCUCCAGUGAUGCAUCAGCCCAAACAAGGAGCUAAGAGGACAGUGAAGUAUAACAAGGGCUAUGCUGCUUUGAGUCAGCACGCUGAGGACACUUUAGUUGCACUGGACUCAGACAGUGAUGAAGAGAUCGAUUUUGAACAUUAUUCUUCUGGAUACUCUUCAGCGGAGGUCCAUCCAGAUCUGAGCAGGCAGCUGCUGCAGGAUGGCUACCGUCUGGAUGAGGUCCCUGAUGAUGAGGACCUGGACCUGAUUCCGCCCAAAGCCAUGGGCUCCUCUGUGUGCUGCUGCUUUGAGGGUCCAUCCUGCUCCUUGCAAUGAUACCAGUGCUUUCACUCAAACUGCAUAUAGGCUCAGAUCCCAUCACUGACUCAAGUCAGUGGUGUCAGACGCCUUCUUUAUAACCCAGCUGCACAGCUGUGCGGCCUGAGGACUUUCUGAAGCGGAACCCCAGUUUGUUCCAGUACGGCGUGUACUGGGAUUGUUCCACAUGCAAGGACAUACAGAUAGACGUAAGAACAAGCCUUAUCCACUGUGACCCCAAAGCUUGACCUAUUUUUGUAACUUUUCUUUUUAUAGAACAAAACAAAAUGCUACUACACUACGGCUUUAAGUAGAAUGAGAAAGUAACCCAUCAUUCAAAAUCUUGCUGGUUCAAAACUGGUUGCUGUUUUUCACCUCUAGGUCAGCGGCCCAGUAAGCAUGACAUGGAACCAGGUAUGGUGUAUUGUGUACUCAUGUUUGACAAUUUAAUAUUCCCAAUAAUUAACUGAAUUCUACACAAAGGAACCUAACUUGAUGAUUUACAUUCCCCAGUCACUCUUCAUCACAUUAGUGUCUGUUUUUGUUUUAUUCUCCAUUUUUUCUUCUCAAUACAGUAUGACAGGGCCACAACUUAAGGUAUAUGCUGCACAUUUCAACAGAAAUAUCAGCUCUGACAUUAAUUAGAACUUAAAAGAAAUAGUUGGAACAAAACAAAACACUUUGGGACUCACUUGUCCUUAGCAGAAUGAAAAAUCUUCAGUUACUGAUCCACUGUUACUACUCAGACCUACAGUUACCUACGUGAAAUGUUACAUAACUAUGACAGAAUAUAUGUAGAAGUGUUACUGGAGUACUUCUUUAAUAGAACCAGCAACAUUUGAUAAGACUGGAUUUUACAAUCUAAUUGUAAAAGCGACCUACAUUACAAACGAACAUAUGUAGUUUUCUCAUCUUAAGGCACCUAUUUACAGUAUGUGGAGAUUGCAUUUUUUAUUUGAAUUCUUUAAACAACAAAAUAUAACAAUUCAAUACGUAUUUAUAAAUGUUUUGCCAUUUGUAGCCUUUUGGAUUAUGAGCUUAUCUAGCUAUAUGGUAUAAGUAUUUAAAAGUGCACGCUACCUUUUGAUAUGUGUGUUGACAGCAAAUGGAGUUUUAUUAAUUUAAUUUGUAUACAUUUGCUGGGAACACUAAACAUUUUCCAGUAGGAUGGAAAAAACAGUAAACCAAAUUCACGUUAAAAUUGAGAUGUUUAGAUCGAUGAUUGUUUAGUAGAGUUGUGAGCCGUAGAAGCAUAUUUAAACAUUUCAAAUAUUAAUAUUUUUCUGUGUUUAAUUUCUGAUUGUGUUUUUUACACAGUGGACACUCUGAUGUGCUGAAAAUAGCUUUAAUUUUCUGUUUACUCACUGUUCAAGUUGUUUGCCUGGUUGUAGUUCAUUUUUACAUUUUAACAAAAGAUGUUCAUUGCCGGAGAAAGUCAUAUUGAUCACUUCUUGAGCAUGUGGUUUUUUUUUUACAUAUUUGUCAACUUACCCAACUGGACAGGAUUCAAGUUUGGAUAUCUGCUGUUUUACCCACCUGCAGUCCUCACUGUUACAUCUCAAUGUACAUCCUUAGCACCAUGAAGCAGAUAAGGACCGAUGAGAGAUUUUGUGCAGGAAAGGAAACCAUGAUUAGAACUUUUGCAUCCAAUUACAAACUCCCAAAGUGUUUUUUAUUUAACACUUUGCAGUGAAAAGAGCAUGUACACUAUCUCCUCCCAGCACUCUAUGGUUGUAUUGAAGGUGAUUUAGGAAUAAAAGCUGAUUCUCCUGUUAGACUACGUGUGAGUUGCUUAAUGCAAGUGGGACCUAUGACAGCUGAAUUUAAAGUGUAUCGACCCUGGCAUUGUCACUGCACAAUGAUGUAUGUACAUAAAUAUUGCACUUAACACCCGUGGUCAGUAGCAAGCACACUUUACUCACCUGUACUAUGCAACUAUUGGGACAAUCUGCUUGUUAUACAACAUUGUGACAAUAUAGUGUUAUUGCAUUCUAAAUAAACAUGCAGAACUGACAUUAUUUUGUGAUGGCGAAUGCUGUCUGUUUUUAUUUUAUUGUAAUAAUUAUUUAACAUAAUUAAAUUUUAUUUUAUGUUGU